AUGAACUUAUUUAAGUUGAAAGCGAGCAUAAAGAUGGCAUUUUCCAGGAUUUGUUCACUCUACACAACUAAGAGCAAAAUGAGCUGGAGCGAGAAGCUCCUUCUGCUUAUCUGCUGCUUGAUCACUAGUUUCAUUUUAGCACUUUUAUUCCUGCUUAGUCUACACUUCCCCUUAAAGUUUGGCAUCGAAGUCUCAGUUGCUACUACUGCAGUGUUUUGGCUUUGUGUUACGCUAGCUAUGUGGUUUUCUCCAAAUGUUCGCUGUUUUGGAAUUCUGUUCCUAAUGUCUAUUACCUUGAAACAAGGCAAGAAACAGCUCCUUACAGCUGGAACAACAGUAGUGAUCAUCUUGAACAUACAGAACACUCUGAUGAACCUUAAGGGACUUGGAAAGAGCUUAGUCUGCAAUUUGGAAGCAAAGCUUAUUGCCAUUGACCUGGCUCCACUCAGCACCUAUAUAAAGUUGCUAAAAUGGGUGGCUUCUGAGCUUAAUAAUGGCCUGAGAAUUUUUGUGGGUGGGGAUUUUCAAACCGACUUCAAAAUUAAGCCUGCUGUGCACUCAGGAGAGUUCACGAAGAAACUAUCCGAAGCCCAUAGGACCAUGAAUAAGACUGCUGCGAGUGUGAUGGGAGUCAUUGACGGAAUUUCAUCUGUAGGACGGCAAAUAUCUCCAGUUUUAGGAGUCGUGAUACUCGUCGUUGCUACGGCUCUCUACUUGAGGAAGUUUCGAUUCAGCACAAAGCAGAAAAAUGUGUUUAUUACAAAAACAUUCUUGAAGUACGAUGAAGUUCAGCGAUUUCAGGGAAAGCCGUCAGUUCUCCCUCUGACUAAAAAGGAGUCAAAACGUUACCUUAUUGUUCCCUCUGCGCAUUUAACCAAAAAAGAUGUGAAAACCAUGCUUAAAUUCAGCAUGUCGAUUGUAUCCCAUAGUAUGGCCUGGGUCUUCUUUGUAGGACUUGAUGCUCUUGUUUACUGGAUUAUUUCUGUCUUGAGCAAGAGAUUAGAAGAGCUGAAGCCACUCCAUGUUCCUGUUUUAUUGAAAGUGGAGGAAGGAACCUUCUUUAUCGGCAUCAAUGUUGAACGUGGGCAAAAAGUCUAUGACUUUUCCUACGAUGUGCCCAUUUUUGAAAAGAAAUGCUUGCCAGAACCAGAACUAUGGCUCUACAAAUCAGUCCUUCCUCUGUCUGUUAUCCUUGGCUUGUUGCUUCUUCUGGUCCUGGUGUCUUCAAAGCUCAGUCAGUUGAGGCUCAUUGUGUCUGAGCAAUUCUACUCAGAGGAUGCAGCGAGGCGGACUGCUGAGUUGCAUGCCAAGAUACUGAAAAAAAGAUCAAAAUGGACGGCCAAGGAUUUGAAAAGAACCCUAAAAUCAUUUGCCACACAGCUCCACUUUUGGUUCCCCAUCAUUUUUCGUUAUCCAAACAACAACAACGAUGAGAAUAAAAUAUAGGGUUUGUUUACAGUGGUAUACAUUUUGCAUACAUCCGUUACACAUUAUUAGAAAAAUAGGUUCAAUCUGGAAUCAUCUCUCUGGGAGUUUAAAUGUUUAAAUGCUGCAUGAUGAACUGUACAAAAAAAUACAUUUACAUAUCCUAAGAGAACCAAAAUAACUAUUA